AUGGUCGACAUGGAGAGCCUGUACCACCCCCCUUCUCCCUUGGAGGACUCUGUGCUUGGCAGCUCCUUGUGUCCUGAUGAUAAUUUGAUGGGUGGGAUGGAUGAACUCCAAGACAUCUCCCAUUCGAUUGAAAAUGGCCCCCUCAGCUCAUUUGAUGUCCCAGAAUACCAGCCCUCCAGCAAUGGCUCUGAAGGUUCUACUGUUCUCGAUGCCCUGACACCAGCAUCCAGCCCAUCAUCAGUGGUCUAUGGGAUGGCAGGGAACCAAGAGGAGUUCUCGUCUUCCACCUCCUUGCUCAACCUUGAGUGUCGAGUGUGUUCUGACCGUGCCUCAGGAUAUCACUACGGUGUUCACGCCUGUGAAGGCUGCAAGGGAUUUUUCCGGAGAACUAUCCGUCUAAAGCUUGAGUACGACAAGUGUGAGCGACGCUGUAAGAUCCAAAAGAAAAACCGCAACAAGUGCCAAUACUGCCGCUUCCAGAAGUGCCUGGCAGUGGGCAUGUCCCACAAUGCCAUCCGUUUUGGUCGAAUGCCACAGUCGGAGAAACUGAAGCUGAAGGCGGAGUUGGUGACGGGGGACAAAGAAGUGGAAGACCCGCAGCUGGCUGACCAGAAAACCCUGGCUCGGCAGAUUUAUGAGGCCUACCUGAAGAACUUCAACAUGAAUAAAUCCAAGGCCAGGACCAUCCUCACUGGCAAAACCAGCACCCCUCCUUUUGUCAUCCAUGAUAUGGAAACACUUCAGCUAGCUGAGCAGACGGUGGUGGCCAAGAUGGUUGGAUCCACAGGUGGGCUGAAGGACAGGGAAGCAGAAGUCCGCAUUUUCCACUGCUGCCAAUUAACCUCAGUUGAAACGGUCACCAAGCUCACCGAAUUUGCAAAGUCCGUCCCGGGGUUCUCGAGCCUGGACCUCAACGAUCAGGUGACUUUGUUGAAGUAUGGUGUAUACGAGGCCCUGUUUGCCAUGCUGGCCUCUUGUAUGAACAAGGACGGGCUUCUUGUAGCGUACGGCUCAGGCUUCAUCACCCGGGAAUUCCUCAAGAGUCUCCGGCGGCCAUUCAGCGAUAUGAUGGAGCCAAAGUUCCAGUUUGCCAUGAAGUUUAACGCGCUGGAGCUUGAUGAUAGUGACUUGGCACUGUUUGUGGCUGCCAUCAUCUGCUGUGGAGAUCGACCAGGUCUGGUAAAUGUUGCGCACAUCGAACGAAUGCAGGAGAGCAUCGUGCAAGUGCUACAGCUCCACCUGCUGGCCAAUCACCCAGAUGACGCUUUCCUCUUCCCAAAACUGCUUCAGAAGCUGGCUGACCUCAGGCAGCUUGUCACUGAGCACGCACAGCUCGUGCAGGAGAUCAGAAAGACAGAGGAUACCUCGCUGCACCCGCUCCUGCAGGAGAUUUACAGAGACAUGUACUGAUGAUUGUAGAGGAGGCUUCAGGAGAGGAGCUCGACCCGCUGCCUCCUCUUUGCUUUUCAGGGACAGAAGACUCCUCCGUACACUAGGGUUUGACCACUUAAACCUUAUACUCAGUGAGAGUUAGUGGUGGCAUCUGGUCAGCACAAGCCGUCCAGGACGAGCCCCGAACAGCAGCUGAUGGUUCUCCUGUUUUGGGACGGUGUCCUCGCUCCACUGUGUGCACUCUUCAGGCAAAUGUCAUGUAUGCAAAUAAGUGAUGGUAGAGCUCAAAGGUGUGUUUUAAUCUCUGGCCUAACGUGGAUCAGAAGUACUAAAUGCAGAGAGGCUGUGCUACCUGACGUUUACUGCGCCUUAACGCUAGGCAGGAAAGUCAGCUUAAGAGUCACCACUCCAGCAGCAGCGUGUUUCUGUUUUAUACUGAUGUCAAAUAGCCAUAAAUUCACGGAUAACAACACCCAAGUGACUUCAGCAGCAACAUAACGUUAAUAAUGCAGUUUUCGAGCGAG